AUGGACUGUCCAGCUGCACCCCAGCUGCUCCUGGCCAUGACUCUUUCCCUGCUGUGGUUCUCAGUUUUCCCUACAUCACAGCCUGAACACCAUCAGGUUGGAGGAGAGUCUUGGCAGCAACUGGACCAAAUAAAUGGAGCAAGAGAGUCAGUCUUCGUUUCCUGCUAUGUACAUCUGGAAUUUUCAAACAGGACCUGGCCAAAGGCACUCUUCAGGAACCUUACUCUCCCAGCUGCCUCUGCUGUCUCUCCCCCAAGAAAUCUGACUGGCCUCAGCCUUACAACAGGUAGUAGUUAUAUGGAAAAGGAGAUCAAGAGUAAACAGAGAGUAGUGUCAACCAUCAGGAGUAUAGUUUCUAGUACCUGUCUGGCUACCAGUGGAAUGCCAAGGUCACCUUCCUGCCACCACUAUGACACAGAUGGAGAUUCUUGUGGCUAUCUAGAACUCCACCAUUUUGUUCCUGGCCACAACCAGUUACUGCCACCUGUCCCUGCAAACCUAACCCUAGGCUCCCAGCUGCAGAUGCCUGAUGACAUGCUGAACCUCACUCUCCUCAUGAGCCAGGAGGUCACCAAAUUGAGCUGGCUAUAAAGGCACCCAGGGAACCACAAACCCAAAUUCCUGUAGCCAGGGAGAUGGGUGGCCCUGAUCUUCAGCCAGGGGCAGGCUGGCCUUAGCAUCACCCAAAUAUCCCACUACUGGACAGGUGAGUACAUGAGCAUCUUUGAGGCCCAGGGAUUCAAGUGGGAGCUGCACCAGGUGGUACAGAUGCCGUUGAGGGAGAAAGAAGUGGCUCAGUUUCCAGACCAGCUGUCCAUCUCCUGUGCUAUCUCCCGUGGCUUCCAGCUGAGCUGCUGUGUUCCCAGAACAGGCCUGAUCUACACUGCUGCCUGGAGUCCCAGGGGUGGCAGCCACACCUCCUUGCACAACACGUCAGACUUUCAAUGCGUUGUACAGGCUGUUCAGCACUGCCCCACAGUUGAUACCAUGUACAUUUGUAUCCUGCAAAGUCAGGACUUGGCUCCUCUCAUGGCUCCUGUCUCCAUCACCAUCAAUCAGGACGGAGACACCUCCUGCCCUGAGAAUGUCUCGGAGGUUGCCUGGAAUGUCACCAAAGCUGACCGCAUGACACAGGCCCCAUGUUCCAUGAAUAAAAAGGAUGUGGUAAAGAGAUAUUGUGGGUCUGACCGGGCUUGGGGGACCAUCGAAAGCAACUGCACAGAGGCAAGGAUCCUGAAUUUGUUUUAUAAAACCCAGCUGCUGCUGGCAGGCCAUGGCAAGCCUGCCAAUGAGGUGCCACAGAUCCUGAAGCAGCUGCAUAGGCAGGUGGAGGUUACCAACACCCCCUCUGGCUUACAGAAACUGCUGCAUACAGUGACAUUACUGGCUGAAGUUGUAGAAAAGACUAGAACACAGCUUGACCACAGUGCCCUGAAGGAUUUCCUGAUAACCACAGACAAGAUCCUGGACAUGAACGGCAGCUCUUUGUGGACCCUGGCCCAAGCUCAGAAGCCCUCGAUGAUCUCAGAUUUUCUGCAGGCUGUGGAGAUUUUGGUACAUAGCCUGAGCCAACAACAUCAACCCUUCUCCUUCAACUCAUCCAAUGUGCAGCUGCAAAGCCAGCUCUUCCAAUCUACAUCCACACUUACUCCUAGCUACCAAAUGUCUUUCUCCACAUGGCCCCUCCUGGAGGCACAGAUUUCAUGGCACUCAUUGGCCCCACUGGUUGACAGUGGAAUCAACAUCAGUAUUAGCAGCCUGGUGCUACAAAAACUGGACCGCAUUCUGCCUCCAAACUAUGAACAAAGGCUGCUAGGAAGUGCCCAAUAUACCACUCCUGGUCCAAUCCUUGUCAUCUCCAUCAUUGCAGGUGGUCAGACCUUCACCCAGGCAGAGGUCAUCAUAGACUUUGCGGACAUGAAUGGAACCAUGCACUGUGUUUUUUGGAGUUACAGUCUCUUCCAGGGCCAGGGGGGGUGGUCAAAUGAAGGGUGUCAGGCACAAACGACCAGUACCGGCCCUACCACUCGGUGCAUCUGCCAGCAUCUUACUGCCUUCUCCAUCCUCAUGUCCCAACACACCAUUCCAGAGAAUCUUGUCCUGGAGUUGCUGAGCCAGGUGGGCCUAGGAGCUUCCAUACUGGCACUGCUUGUGUGCCUGGGCAUGUACAGGCUGGUAUGGAGAGCUGUGGUACGGAACAAAGUUGCCUUCUUUCGCCAUGCUGCCCUGUUUAACAUGGUGGUCUGCUUAUUGGCUGCAGAUACCUGUUUCCUAGGAGCCCCACUCCUUCCUCCCAACUAUCACAGCCCACUCUGCCUGGCUGCUACCUUCCUGGGUCACUUUUUCUACCUGGCUACUUUCUUCUGGAUGUUGGCACAAGCCUUGGUGUUGGCCCACCAGUUGCUUUUUGUCUUCCAUCAACUUUCCAAGCACAUAGUUCUCUCCCUGAUGGUAAUCAUGGGCUACCUGUGCCCACUGGGGUUUGCAGGUGUCACCCUGGGCCUCUACCUGCCUCAGGAGCAAUACCUGAGGGAGAAGACAUGCUGGUUGAAUGGACAUGAAGUAUCACUAUACACCUUCAGUGGGCCAGUGUUGAUCAUCGUGGGUGUGAAUGGGCUGGUACUAGUCAUUGCUGUGCUGAAGUUGCUGAGACCUUCAUUGUCAGAAGGGCCCCCAGUGGAGAAACGACAAGCUUUUAUUGGGGUACUCAAGGCCCUUCUUGUUCUCACACCUGUCUUUGGCCUCACCUGGGGAUUAGGCGUGGCCACUCUGUUAGAGCAAUUCUCCACAGUCUCUCAAUACCUCUUCACCAUUCUCAAUAGCCUCCAGGGUGUCUUCAUCUUAGUGUUUGGUUGCCUCACAGACAAGAAGGUACGAGAGGCUUUACGGAAACGCUUCAGCCACACAAAGCCCUCAGGCUCUGCCAUAUCCCUGGCCACAAAUGAAACCUACAUCUCAGAACAUAGCAAAGGAAGAGGUGAAAAUGCCAGUUAUGAAGAAAGGAUGACUAACUGA